CCGGCCCUCACUCAUCUCGGCGUCCGGAGGCAGAGCGCCUUUCCGUGGGCGCAGUUUUCCCCUAUGGGUACCAGAAUCAGUGCUGCAUAGUUUGAACGUGAUAGGAUUGACUUUACAAAUGAAACAUUUUUGUCACACCUGCCAAGAAGUAUGAUUUGAAUGAAACUUUAACUUAUACACGUUUUCAGAUAUUUUUAACCCGGGUUCUCAGCUGUCUGCAGUUAUUCAUUACCCGAGGGGUGCAUGGCCCUGAAGGGGGGGAUAAGAACUGCGGAUUGUAGGUACUCUGAGAACCCACUACUGUGUAAUCAGACCUAUGAAAUCACUUGUGCUGGCAGCCCCAAAGCGAGCAUAAACCAGGGACUUUGAUAUCAUGCAGCAGAAGAGCAAAUUAUUUCUCCAGGCUUUGAAGUAUAGUAUUCCUCACCUUGGGAAAUGCGUGCAGAAACAGCACUUGAAUCACUGUAACUUCGCCGAUCAUUAUUACAGUAGAAUAAAAUUGAAAAAAUAUCACCUAACCAAGUGUCUGCAGAGUAAGCCCAAGAUAUCAGAGUUAGCAAGAAACAUCCCAAGUCGGAGCUUCUCAUGUAAGGAUAUUCUGCCUAUUAAACAAGAAAACGAAAAACCCCUUUCAGAAAACAUGGAUGCAUUUGAAAAAGUGAGAACAAAAUUAGAAACACAGCCACAAGAAGAAUAUGAAAUCAUCAAUGCAGAGGUUAAACAUGGAGGUUUUGUUUACUACCAAGAAGGUUGCUGCUUGGUGCGUUCAAAAGAUGAAGAAGCAGACAGUGAUAAUUAUGAGGUUUUGUUCAAUUUGGAGGAACUUAAAUUAGACCAGCCCUUCAUUGAUUGUAUCAGAGUGGCUCCUGAUGAAAAAUAUGUAGCUGCCAAGAUCAGAACGGAAGAUUCGGAAGCAUCUACCUGUAUAGUUGUGAAGCUCAGUGACCAGCCUGUCAUGGAAGCUUCUUUCCCCAAUGUGUCCAGUUUUGAAUGGGUAAAGGAUGAAGAAGAUGAGGAUGUUUUAUUCUAUACCUUCCAGAGGAACCUUCGCUGUCAUGAUGUGUAUCGAGCCACUUUUGGUGAAAACAAACGUAAUGAACGUUUUUACACAGAAAAAGACCCAAGCUAUUUUGUUUUCCUUUAUCUUACAAAAGACAGUCGUUUCCUCACCAUAAAUAUCAUGAACAAGACCACUUCUGAAGUGUGGUUGAUAGACGGCCUAAGUCCUUGGGAUCCACCUGUACUUAUCCAGAAGCGAAUACAUGGGGUCCUUUACUACGUUGAACACAGAGAUGAUGAACUAUACAUUCUCACUAAUGUUGGCGAGCCUACAGAAUUCAAGCUAAUGAGAACAGCAGCUGAUACACCUGCUAUCAUGAAUUGGGACUUAUUUUUCACAAUGAAGAGAAAUACCAAAGUCGUAGACUUGGACAUGUUUAAGGAUCACUGUGUUCUCUUCCUGAAGCACAGCAAUCUGCUUUAUGUUAAUGUGAUUGGUCUGGCUGAUGACUCAGUUCGGUCUCUAAAGCUCCCUCCUUGGGCCUGUGGAUUCAUAAUGGAUACAAAUUCAGACCCAAAGAACUGUCCCUUUCAGCUUUGCUCUCCAAUACGUCCCCCAAAAUAUUACACAUACAAGUUUGCAGAAGGCAAACUGUUUGAGGAAACUGGACAUGAAGACCCAAUCACAAAGACUAGUCGUGUUUUACGUCUAGAAGCCAAAAGCAAGGAUGGAAGGUCAGUGCCAAUGACUAUCUUCCACAAAACGGAUUCUGAGGACUUGCAGAAAAAACCUCUCCUGGUCCAUGUGUAUGGAGCUUACGGCAUGGACUUGAAAAUGAAUUUCAGGCCUGAAAGGAGGGCGUUGGUGGACGAUGGAUGGAUAUUAGCAUAUUGCCAUGUGCGGGGUGGUGGUGAGUUAGGCCUUCAGUGGCACGCUGAUGGCCGUCUAACUAAAAAACUCAAUGGCCUUGCUGACUUAGAGGCUUGCAUUAAGACGCUUCAUGACCAAGGCUUUUCUCAGCCAAGUCUAACAACCCUGACUGCUUUCAGUGCUGGAGGGGUGCUUGUGGGAGCGUUGUGUAACUCUAAUCCAGAGCUCCUGAGAGCUGUGACUAUGGAGGCACCUUUCUUGGAUGUUCUCAACACCAUGAUGGAUACUACACUUCCUCUGACAUUAGAAGAAUUAGAAGAAUGGGGGAAUCCUUCAUCUGAUGAAAAACACAAGAACUACAUAAAACGUUACUGCCCCUAUCAAAAUAUUAAACCUCAGCAUUAUCCUUCAGUUCACAUCACAGCUUAUGAAAACGAUGAACGGGUACCUCUGAAAGGAAUUGUAAACUACACUGAGAAACUCAAGGAAGCCGUUACGGAGCACGCUAAGGACAGUGGUGAAGGCUAUCAGGCCCCCAAUAUUAUUUUAGACAUUCAGCCUGGAGGCAAUCAUGUGAUUGAGGAUUCUCACAAAAAGAUUACAGCCCAGAUUAAAUUCCUGUAUGAGGAACUCGGACUUGACAGCACCGGUGUUUUCGAGACUCUUAAGAAAUAUGUAAAAUUCUGAAAUUCUGUGGAAAUUGGAAACACAUGGAAACAUUUCCUAGUUUUAUUUGCAAUUAGGUUAGCAAAAGUGAGUUUUUUUAAGUAAAUGAAUAGUUUAUUAAAAUUUGCUUCUCUAUCCUAAUUUUGUUUAGUGUAUAUCUCACUUACCCUGUUCUCUCCUUGGUGUAUAUGCCCCUUACCUAGGAAAAUAGAUUUCUAAUCUCACUCCUCAGGAUAUGGAGCGGGGGUGAGGAAGGGUUGGAGGCGGCAGAACACCGCCCUCUCCCCAUCAAAACAGCUUUGUGUUUGUCUGUUUUACUAAAAUUUUCUUUGAACAGUUUA